UUGGUUCUUACAAUAACAGGCUAGAAUAUCUUUGGCUGUUCUAUUCUGAUUCAAUCCGCUGUGCAAACAUAGCCAGACAGUCAGCCAACUCUGAAUCUUUUGAACCAAUCCGUGUAUCAUUUAGAGAUGAUGGAUCAGAGUCAGUAGCCCCACAAACCACGAUGCUGAUUGGAGGAAGCGUAUUUUUUGUAACAGGUGGGGACGAAAGAGCAAUGUGCUGGGAGAGAGCCUGCAGUGCAAGACGGGUCCCCCCCUCCCCUCCCCUCCUGGAGACUGUGUGACCUUGCAAGGGUCGUUGCCUGCCCAUCCAGCUCUGACAAACCUUGCAAAGAAGCUGCCCCAAGGACAAACGCCUCAUCGUCCUUGUCUCCAGCCAGAUCCUAUUGUGUUACAGCUGUUGGGCAACAAGCAGGCUUGGGCUAAGCUUCUUGUAGAAGACAACUCCGAGAAGGUGUGAACCGCUGUUCCUCAACCCGCCCGUUGUUUCCCACGUCCCCUAGAUGGAAGGAAAGGGCGCGGGCUUUUGAGAAACACCCAAGCCGAUGCGCGGGAAGGGGACGCUUUCCCCCUACGCGAUCCUGCGCGCCUAUAUUUGGAGGCAAUCCUUUCUGGGCACCGAGACCGAGAGGGGUUUACUGCAAAAUAAGGAUUACAAUCGCAGUCGCCGCCCACGGGAUGGACUCUUGCAUUCUUCCCUCUUGCGCCUGCUCUCUCAGUAACGUGUUGCUCCUUUGCUUUGACCUGUAUAGCAGCCAAGCGGGUGGCCGGGCCGGUUCUCCCUGUUGUUGCUAGCCCAGCAAGGCUGCUUGCUCGGGGCUCUCACGAAGGGAAAGAGACCCCUCCUUCGUUCCAGAACAGCGCGCUCCCCUCGCUCGUCUCCUUCUCCUCGCUCCUGACAGGAGGGCAACCGCGUGGGCGAUGGCGGCGCCGACGGACUGACUGGAAAGGCGGGAGAGGCGGCAUCCAGCCUGAGAGAGGAUGUUUUGAGCCAGGCGGUGGCCGUGGAGCUGGGCGGGUCGCUCUGGCCGUCCGCCUGGGGUCUCGCUUGGUCAGCCGCCGGGGAAACGGGCUCCCCUCCGCGCUCUUGUCACAUUUAUGGACGAGCACCUGAGCCUUCUGCGCUCGCCGGCCACCCCGUCUUCCUGCAAGCAUUCGAGGGGCGGCGGCAGCAGCAGCAGCGUCGGCGGCGUCGUGGGAAGCAGCCACCAUAACUUGGGCUACAGCGAGCAGCUCUUCCCCGAAGGCGCGCUUUCCGCCCCUGAGGAAGGGCAGGAAAAAGAGGAGGGCGACGCCGGCGACGAGGAGGAGGAAGAAAAGGAAGAAGAAGACGAGGAGGACGGGGAGCUGGAGGGUGGCAUGACUGUAGUGGGUGGAGAGGACCCUCUUAUCGAUGAAAACCAACAUCCCCAUGCCCUGCUGGGCGGGGAGCGCUAUGACCACCCUCUUGCCCAUACCCUGCCUCCCCACAGUCAUCACCAAGUGGGCACCGGUGGAGAGGAGCAUGAGUGUUGUGAGAGGGUCAUGAUCAACAUCUCAGGUCUGCGCUUUGAGACCCAGCUCAAGACACUGGCCCAGUUCCCAGAGACGCUGCUGGGCGAUCCCCGCAAGAGGAUGCGCUACUUCGACCCUCUUCGCAACGAGUACUUUUUUGACCGCAAUCGGCCCAGCUUUGAUGCCAUCCUUUACUAUUACCAAUCUGGAGGCCGUAUCCGCCGCCCUGUUAAUGUGCCCAUUGAUAUCUUUUCGGAAGAAAUACGUUUCUAUCAGUUAGGUGAAGAGGCCAUGGAAAAAUUUCGGGAAGAUGAAGGUUUCAUCCGUGAGGAGCAGAGACCUCUGCCUGAGAAGGAGUUUCAGCGCCAGGUGUGGCUCCUUUUCGAGUACCCAGAGAGUUCCGGACCAGCUCGGGGCAUUGCUAUUGUGUCUGUUUUAGUCAUCCUCAUUUCCAUUGUCAUAUUUUGUCUAGAAACCUUACCUGAGUUCAGAGAUGACCGUGACUAUGAUAGUACUUCAGGAACGUUUGGUACUGGGAAUAGUCCUUUUGGGACUGAUGUUUUCACCAAUACUUCGUCCCCAGCUACAUCUAUGGUGUCAUCCUUCACUGACCCUUUUUUUGUGGUGGAGACUCUGUGCAUUAUCUGGUUCUCCUUUGAGCUGCUUGUCCGCUUCUUUGCUUGUCCCAGCAAGCCCACCUUCUCUAAGAACAUUAUGAACAUAAUUGACAUUGUGGCCAUUAUACCUUACUUCAUCACCUUGGGCACUGAACUGGCCGAGAGGCAGGGGAAUGGUCAACAAGCAAUGUCUCUGGCUAUUCUCAGAGUCAUCCGGCUAGUUAGAGUCUUCCGUAUCUUCAAGCUCUCUCGGCACUCCAAAGGGCUGCAGAUUUUGGGGCAAACUCUGAAGGCCAGUAUGAGGGAACUGGGCUUGCUCAUUUUUUUCCUUUUCAUCGGUGUUAUCCUCUUUUCUAGUGCCGUCUAUUUUGCAGAAGCUGAUGAUCCCACUUCAAGUUUCAGCAGUAUCCCUGAUGCCUUUUGGUGGGCUGUGGUAACCAUGACCACUGUGGGUUAUGGGGACAUGCAUCCUGUCACUAUUGGAGGCAAAAUAGUAGGAUCUCUCUGUGCCAUCGCUGGUGUGCUGACUAUUGCCUUGCCUGUUCCAGUCAUUGUCUCUAACUUCAACUACUUUUACCACCGGGAAACAGAAGGGGAAGAACAAGCCCAGUACAUGCACGUAGGAAGCUGCCAGCACCUCUCCUCCACUGAGGAGCUGAAGAAAGCUCGUAGUAAUUCCACUCUUAGCAAGUCAGAGUAUAUGGUGAUAGAAGAGGGAGGCAUCAGCAACAGUGCAUUCAAACAGGCUGCAUUUAAAACAAACAACUGCUCCGGCACAAACAAUCCGAACUGCGUGACUAUUAAAAAAAUCUUUACGGAUGUUUAAAAGACACUCUUUCGCAGAGAUUGAAAGAAAAUCACAGGAAGUCUGCGUAAUCAGUAUUUGUGAGGAACAUGCAUCAUUGUCAGUCUUUGUGCUCUUGCUUAGUACAUAUACUUUUCUGGUCCUCCCUUCUGAAGAUAGAAUAUUUUUUUAGAAGAACAAAGAACCAAGGAGAUAUUAAGAAAGAAGGUAGAUAAGCUAAAGUGUUGCUGCUGCUCCCUUUGGAAACAGGUUUUUAUUUUGCACAGGUUGUUGCAGGGCAUUGGAAUUUUAGUGAGAAACGUGUUUGUCUGAUUUUAUAAAGAGCAGCUACACUGUUGAUUUGCUUUUCUUUUACAUAUACACUUGUUGGAUUGAAAGGAGCGGAAUGUAAGGAUAAUGAAUGUAACUGUGCUCCAGUGAAUGAGAAAUAAGGUGAUAUAAAUGUCACAAACUAUCUCACAUUAUAAUAGGAUGGCCACAAUUGAAAAUGUGAUUACGAGGUUGCAAUCUUGAUUUUUUUAAAAAAAGGUUAGAGCCAUGUGUAUUCUGAAUAUGCCCAUGACAUACGCCGUAUCACUUUAAUACAACAAGGGAAACGCCUCCGUUGUGAUUUUGGAUUUCUUUGAUCCCUGAAUUCCCAAAGAAUUGCAACUUUGAAUCUGAAGUGCUACCUGGGUAUUGUAGUAUUACUUCUUCCUAUACAGUGAGACUGAACAAUUGACUGACUGACUCAUCAUAUCCUGAUGAUCCGAAUACGAUGAAUUAUUUAGUUUUUAGUAAAUUUCUAGCAGGCUUUUAUUUUGACUGCAGCUUCAAAAAACAAAAAGCAAAAGAGGUAUUUCCAUAAAUGUCCAAUGCAUGUAAGAUAAGUGGUUGCAUCUAUCACAAGAAGAUUAAAGUGACAAACACGCCUUGCAGCGGAAGUUACUAAUUUGGACCUGAGUGGUACAGUUUCCAUAGCAACUUUGGUUUCCUGGGAAACUCCCAAAGGUUGUCAUAGCAUCCGUUCUUUCUCUCCCUCAGUCUUCUGCUGUUUCUAUAGUAACCAUUCCAGAUGGUUCUAACUUCUGUGGUUCCACAGAAAAGCUGCUGCUCUGAUAAAUCACACACAUACACACACACACAUACAAGCACACAAAUGUACACCAUUAAUCCCUAAGAGAUUUAGUUGUGGAAGUUAAGCAUUAUUCUGUAUGUAUCAUUUUUAGAUGGGCAAGAUUUGAGAUGGCUGCACAUCAUGAAGAAAAGAGUUAAUAUGGAUUUUUAAAAUAACUGUACUUCACAUUAUAAUAUAAUUAAACACCAAAAGCAAAGAAUUUCUCCCCUGCCAAUCUUCCACAUCUGUUGCAAUUUGAUACCUGGAAUUAAUUCUAAAUGAGUUACCUGAGUUACCUGUACAACUGCAUAGAAGGUUUUAAAAGAUGGCAUUGCCCUCUACUUUUAUCAGAAUAAAUCAUAUAAUAUUGAUUUAUAAUAAUUCUUUAUUGCAUAUGACCUAGCAUUAUGCAAAAAAAACCUCUUUUCAAAGCAUGUACUGCAUUGAAGAUCAAGACCAAAACUUUUAUUACAAAAGGAUGCAGAUCUGGAAAAUAAUGGUGAUAAAGUAUUGGUUCAAAAAUACUUAAAAGUCCUCUGGGAAGUGUAUAUCCAUCUUCUCUCAAGUAAACAUCUACGGCUAUGGAAUAUCAGACAGACACAGAGCUCUUGCAGAGUUUCCCAGCCUCAAGUUUUAACUCUACCUUUGCAAUUGGAAUAGCAACGAUAAAAAACUUCACAAGAUGAGAGCCAAAGUAAAUGGAGCAGAACAAAUUGAAACUGCAGACAACAGUUUCCUUCCUUACAGCAGAUGGAUAACAGAAGAUGGCUCACGAGCUGUCCUGUGGCGAGUUGACCAUGGCAAAUUGUCCCGCGGUGAGAUGGCUGUGGUGAGUUGGCCGUGGUGUAUUGGCCAUGGUGAAUUAACUGGUGAGUUGUCCCAUUCCAAAUGUGUGAUUUCAGCCAUUGUGGUCUGUUAUGUUUUGUGAUUCAGUGUGAUAUUUAAACUUAGCUAUGGUGACUUGUUCAAUAAACUGUCGUUACAGCAAAUAAUAGCUUUAGUGUAAUAUGUGAACCCAACCAUUAUCAAAACUAGCUGUUAGGAAAUCUGAGAAAUUAGGGAUAAAAGAGUCUAGAAAUGGACUUUAUCAGGGUUUAAACUUCAUUAAAUACUUUCCACAUAAUGGUGAAAGCUUAGCCUUGCCUUCCAUUGCUCUCUGGAAUGUAAUAAAAUUCCUACACUGUAAGCUGUAUUGUAGCAAGUCAUAUUUUUUCCAGCCCUGCCUGGAAAUAAGAAAUGAAGGCUGUGACUUUAUAGCCAAUUGUGUCAUUUUCCCAUCCUGAUCACAAGUGCUCUACAGUAUCACAGAAUACAAUCCAAGGGGAAAACAAGGAAUUUUUUUCCCCUGACCAGUUCAAAACUACACUCAGCCAUAGAGGUUUACUGGGUGAUUUGGGGUUUAUUUGUUUAAGCUCUACCUAGUCUAAUGUUUACUGAUGUAGACAAGAAUUGGCAGAAGGACUACUGUAUAUGGAAAGUUGAGUUCCUAAGGGGAAAAAACAGGAUAGAAAUGAAAUAAAUUAAUCAAUGAACUUAAUCAUCUUUGAAAACUUUAAGGCAUUGAAGAAUAUGACUGAGUUUAUACAACAUGUGCCUUGUGGUACUGCGUAAAUCGAAACUUUGUGGUUAAACAUGUGUAAACCUAGAAAAUUAAGCUAAUUGCAUAAAUUAUAAUUAAUUUAAUUGUGGACAACUUUAUUGUGAAAAUAAAGUUACUGAGAAAAUUUACUUCUCAAGUACUCUGAUAGGUCUUUUACCCCAUUCCUUCUCUUCUACUGGACAUUUUUGUAACAGCAGGAAGGUGCUUUAUAUUAGGUAGAUUGAACAAGACCCAUCUAUUUAAAAAGAUUCAUAGCAAAUGAUUUACAUGAAUAUUCUACAUAUUGAGUAUUUGACUGAGUGGUUAAUCAGCUGCUCAUUAAAAAUGUUGCACCAUUAAUCUUUAAAAAUGUAAACAUAUAAACAUCAAAACUGUUUCACUUCUAAUCUUGUGUUAGCCACGAAUCAAAAUUUAUACUUUUAAGACAUAAAAGCCAUAAUAGAAUUUGCUUGUGGCUUAAUAUGUGGUGUGAAUUCCACCGGUUCAGUUUGUAAAGCUUUAUUGCUUUGGUUAUAUCCAUAACCCAAUCAAGAUAUGCUUUAUUGGUAGAUCAAAGCUGAAGAAACCGCAACCUAUUGUAUCAACACAGCCUUUAAAAAGUAGGUUAUGGACAUACGAUCCUCUGUCUGAUCAGGCUGAAGAGCCACUUAUUCCCUUCUAUACUGUAGGGUCAUGCAUAAGUUUCUUUUAAGAAAUAUUUCCAGAAAGAGCAGAGAAAGCAAAGAGAGGAGGCAACCAGUAUAUGUCAAUAUGUAAUGUGUAGUUUAUCUGUCUGGCUUCUCAGGUUCUAACACUUCUAGUGACAUGCUACUUCUGGUUUUCUUGUGAAAGUACAGUAUAAUUGUUGUAUGUUGAGGUCAAUUUAAUUCUUCCUCUAUGAGCAAUGUUUCCUUGGUGUCUAUCAGGCAGAAAGCUUUGUUACCAUAACUACAUGUAGUGCUUGUGGACAGAGUGGCCCAAAUUGGCAUGCUACCAUUGGCAUUCUGGAGCAUAGUGUGGGAUCUUUUCAAUCAAAAACUUGCUUCUUUCCUUGUAUAUCCUAGUUAAGCUGAAAAGGUACUUCAGCUCUGGAGCAAAUAUGCUUAUUUUAGCUCUCUUUUAUGUCAAUGGAAGAGAUAUAUUUUUAAAGAGUCCAAAUAUGCCUUUUUUUUAUCAUAACCACUAUCAUUUGUGCUUAAAAGGGGACACUUUCUCUACCACAGAAGUUCCUACUACCACUAUUACUUUGGAACUGCUCUGCUCAGUAAAACCCAUUUCAGUAGGAAAAAGAGCUAUAUGUAUCUUCUGCUUGUAUAAACUAUAUUAAAGGAUGUAAAUAACAUGGAAUUGCAAAUUUUAUCUCAUAAUUAGAAUAUUAAUGUUAUAUUUAUGAGAACAUGCUCUUCUAUUGCACAGUGGCUUUCUGAAGAUCUGCAACUAAUAGAGGAGAAAACUGUUCAUGGCAAAAUACCAACAAAACGUUUUGGAAGAUUAUUAUUGGGAUUACAGUGUAAAAUUAAACGUUUCCUGGUGUGUGCUCUUGUACAACAUCUUCCAUUUUGGCACUGUGGGUUAAAUCUGUAUUUCCAAUGUUAUAUGAAAAUAAAAUGUGACAUAAUGCUCUAUUUAUCUGUACAUACUGUUUUCCUGUAAAUUCCAUAGUGAUAUGGUCAUUGGUUAAAUUACAGUAAAUGCAAGUGAAUUUUGGGGUUGUGCAAUUUUUUUUAAACUCUAACAUUGAAUUUAUUUUUUUAAUGUUUUGCAUUGAAAUUUUAAAUUGUCAAAUAAUUUCAUAUACAAAGCUCAAUAAAAAAAGUCUUAACAUG